AUGGAGGGCACCGCUGUACUCACAGCCGAGACGUCCCCGGAUGAUCCCAUUCCAACAUACCAAAUCGACCUCGCCCGGCCGCCCGAGACACGGUACGACGAAAUCUCCAGAGAUUUUGGUCCCCGUAUGCGUUCUCUAGUAGGAUUGUUCGACGAAAUCAUUAGUUGUUUUGUUCCUAUAGCAUUCUUGCGCCGCAUCUUUACCAUCAUUGCAAGUCUACUGGUUCGCCGUGUCUAUGACCCAGAGGAAAUGAAGGAGAUCCGGGGCAUUGCCGCGGCCACUGGAGUCGACUUGUACUUGCUCAUUACGCUGAACAACCUUCUCGAUUGUCUCCUAGGCUGCACCUCCGGGGCAGCGUUGGUCAAGCCCACCAAAGGGACACGCAAGGCGGCAGUCCGUAAGUGGGACGAGCCGCGGCUGAUGCAUUUUCGGACCUUGGAUUGGGGCAUGGACGGAUUGAGGGAUCUUUUGGUUGUUCUGGAAUUCGUCGAUUCACGCGCUUCUGGUUCAAAGGUUCUGGCGCGGUCCAUUACGUACGCCGGUUUUGUUGGCACACUUACUGCAGUCCGGUAA